AUGCCAAGUCAUGCAAUUCUUUCUGAAAUUGACGCAAUUUUUGCAAAUAAAGCUUCCAAAAAUCAACCAGAAGAGAAAUCGAAGAAAAGGAAAAAUGAUGAUUCCAAAGUCCAGGAGACGGUCAAACUAGGAACAGAAGAUAAGAAAAAGAAGAAGAAAAAGAAAAAGAACAAAUCAAAAACAGAAUCAGAAUCCAAAGAAGAAGAGAAAGAAGAUGAAGAUUUAGAAAGAGUAGAAGAGAUUAUGGAUCCUUCGAUUAAGAUACUUAAAAAUUCAAAUCAAGUUGGUGCAAUCGAUUCUAAAAUAUCAGGAUCAAGUUCAAGUUCAAAGAAAGUUUUACUUGAUGAAGAAGAAUUGGCAUUUCGUGAUUCACGUGGUACACGAGCUAGGACGGAUGAUGGAUUACCGAUUUACUCAGUUGAAGAAUUGAACAUCGGUCUUGGUGGUGCUUCUCUGACCAACCUUUCGAUCUCGAUUUCAAUCAUGAUCUUAUUAGAUACUGAGGCAUGUCCAUUUGAUUGCGAGUGCUGUUUUUAA